AAGUAGGAGCUUGAGGAAUGUCGGGAGAUAUUUAAAAUUAGUAAAUUACUUUGGAACCUGAAAAACCCCUUGCAAGUUGCGUUAGCUGCAAUGGAGGGAACCUUGCUACCCCUAUCCUCUCCAACCCCUACCAAACCGAACAAUAACUUCAUUCUCUUCCAACGCUUCACUUUCCCUUCUUCACUUAAUCACUUCCAAAAAACCCUCUCCACUCCCAAACGCACCGUCUUGACAGCUUCCUCUCGAAACUCACACCGUAGCUCUGCACUCGCUCUCCACGAAACCGCAUCCGUUUCGGAGAAAACCGACGCCUCUUCCUUUGCCGCUUCCGCUUUGCCCAAAAUCGACAAGACCGGCAGGUUCUGCAGCCCCAGAGCCGCCAGAGAACUUGCUCUGUCUAUAAUUUAUGCUUCUUGCUUGGAAGGUUUGGACCCGGUUCGAUUGUUCGAGAAACGGAUGAAUGAGCGGCGAGGUAACGGUUGGCGUUUUGUUUGGUUUGAAGUUGGGACCUUGAAUUAUGGUUAUGUCAUGUGGUUGAGUAUUGUGAGUGGAAUGUGUUUGUUUUUUAACUUUUGGUUGGUUUCAGAACCCGGUUAUGACUUUGACAAGGAGAAGUUGUUGAAGUAUAAUCAUAUGAGUUUUGGAGGGCCACCUGUUACUGUUGAAUCUGUUGAAGAAGAGAAUGAAUUGCUAAGUGACAUUGAGAAGGAGUCUGCUGUUGAAGCUGAAGUCCUUGCAGCUCCUCCAAAGCUAGUAUACAACAAACUGAUAUUGAGGUUCACUAGGAAAUUAUUAGUUGCAGCGAGGGAUAGAUGGGAUGCUAAUGUUGAUGUCAUUAACGAAAUUGUCCCACAAAAUUGGAAGAACGAACCAGCAGGCAGGAUUUUAGAGCUUUCUAUUCUUCAUUUGGCAAUGUCUGAAAUGACGGUGCUCGAUACAAGACACCAAAUUGUCAUCAAUGAGGCUGUGGAUCUUGCUAAACGGUUUUGUGAUGGAGCAGCCCCUCGUAUCAUAAACGGUUGCCUCCGUACAUUUGUCCAAGGCCUAGAGCUCGGGGCAUCAGAAACCGAGUUUAGUUGAUUUCUAUGGAUAUUUCAUAUUUAUGUGUUCAUUGCCUUCCGUUUCUUGAAACUCCCAGUAUAGAUUCAAGGGAAAAUUGAUCACCCAUGGUUGGAUACAGUUAUGUUGAAGCAUUAUGUAUGGGUUGGUAUCGGUUACGGAAGGCAAUGUUUGAAGCAGGUGACUAGGUGUUAUAUUUGAUACAGUUCACAUGACUUUGAAAUGUUGUAUCAUGUGUAGUGUAUGUUAUUUUAAUAUUUUUGUUGUCCAAUUGUAAUAAUAAUUUUAUAAUUUGUUUAAGUUAGAUGAAUUGAUUAUCUCAUGGGAUUUCAACAGAUGUAUAAAAUUUUUUGUUAAUUAAUAAAA